AGGGGCCGGUGGGGAGGGGGCAGCGCGCGUGAGGAGGGAGAGCGAGCGAGCGAGGGAGGGAGGAAGGGCCGCCCGCAGGGAGGAGGACCAGCCCGGCCCCCCCGGCGGGGAGGGGAGGAAAGUGGCUGGGGGCGGGCCAUGGAGGAGCCCCACCGGGGCGGUGGCGGGGGAAAGCGGCCGCUCCCUUGGCUUUGGCGGCUGUGAGGGGCCGGGAGGAGGGGGAUGCUGUCGCGGAAGAAGACGCGCGCCGAGCUCUCCAAGCCCGCCGAGGUGCAGGGCAAGUACGUCAUCAAGGAGACCAGCCCGCUGCUCCGCAAUCUGAUGCCUUCAUUUAUCCGUCACGGUCCAACCAUUCCAAGACGUACAGAUAUCUGCCUUCCAGACCCAAGUUCUUCAACCUACAUGGCGGGUGGGGAUGGAGCAGUUUCCAGGAACCAGAGCUUCCUUAGGACUCCAGUGCAGAGGCCACCACAUGAGAUAAUGAGGCGGGAAAGCAACAGACUCUCUGCCCCUUCCUGUCUUGCCAGAAGUUUGGCUGAGGUCCCACGGGAAUAUGGCUCAUCUUCACAGUCCUUUUUAACAGAGGCCAUCUCUGGUACUGAGAAUGGAGAAGCUGGGUCUCGUUACUACUGUGACUAUUUUUAUAAUGGCCAAAGGAGGCAUCCGCUGGGGGAUCAUGUGCAGGAGGAGUAUCGAUACUAUGAACAGAACACAGCCCUCUUCCAAAGGAUGUCACAGAAUCAGGGAAGACAGCAUACUUCAGGCAUUGGAAGGGUCGCUGCUACGUCACUGGGAAACUUAACCACCCACAGUUCGGAAGAUUUGCCUCUCCCUCCAGGCUGGUCAGUGGAUUGGACACUUAGAGGAAGAAAAUACUACAUAGACCAUAACACGAACACAACCCAUUGGAGCCACCCGCUUGAGCGAGAAGGACUGCCUCCGGGAUGGGAGCGUGUUGAAUCAGCCGAGUUCGGAGUGUACUAUGUUGAUCACAUCAAUAAGAGAGCGCAGUACAAACACCCCUGUGCCCCUAGCGUCCCCCGUUACGAUCAGCCGCCUCCUGUGACAUAUCCGCCACAGCAAACUGAGAGAAGCCAGCCUAUCCUUGUGCCUGCAAAUCCGUACCACACUGCAGAGAUUCCAGACUGGCUUCAAGUCUAUGCCAGGGCUCCUGUGAAAUAUGAUCACAUCUUGAAGUGGGAACUCUUCCAGUUGGCUGACCUGGACACAUACCAGGGGAUGCUGAAGCUGCUUUUCAUGAAGGAACUGGAGCGGAUUGUGAAGCUGUACGAAGCAUACCGGCAGGCCCUCCUCACAGAGCUGGAGAACCGCAAGCAGAGGCAGCAGUGGUAUGCACAGCAGCACGGCAAGAAUUUCUAAGCUCACUUCUCUUUGCUGUGGGAUUCAAUGAGGGCUACUGGAACUUCUCACACUCAAAAAGAAGAAAAUCGUGAACAAGUGCUUUGGUUUAAAAGGCAGCUUCUUUUUUGUUCUUGCACCUUUUGUAAUUCUUUGUGUAUCAUGUUUAUUGAAUACAAAAAUAUUUGUUACAUUGUAAUAAAGAAGUUAGUUUCUUACUCUUAAGAGCCAGUGGAGGGGGAAAGAGAGAGGGUGGGGUGGGUCCUUGGUCUGUCUUAUUCUAGCAACCAGCUGUACCUUCAGGAAGCAGAAUUUAUUUUUCAAAAGACAAAUGUCAUGUUAAGAAAUGUCCUGAGAGCAGAAGGGCAUCUCUGUGAAACCCCUGAUUCCCAAUGCAUGGUUCUUGCAGAUCUCUGCCUAAAGUGGGGGCUGCUCUCAGGCUGAAGAUCAGCUGCAGUGUUCUCACAGCUUUAAUAUGCAAAAGGACCCCACAGGUCUUCGGUUUGACCUGCGGACUCAAUGACUACAUGCCUUAUUUUGACUGUUGAGCCUCAGUCUGGUCUGUCAUUGGCCCUGCAGGAUUCUGAGUCUACACCAUAAUAUAUAGGCCAUGGAAAUGGUCUGCUGCCUUCUAGUUCUUCCAUGCCGGUCGCACUGAAGAUGGAUGCACCAGGGCUGCCUUGCAAGGCACUUGGAAAGUCAAGUUGCCUGACAGAACCUUUCAGGAUGCACCUCCUCAUGAUCCAAUCAGUGAGGCAGCAAGGAGCAAUUCUGCAAACACUUUGUCUGAGACAGACCCUUCCGUUUUGAUUCGCCAUCCAUGUGUUCGUGGGUCCUCCUUAGCAGAGAGAGGUUUGUAACAUCCAUGUCCUUUAAAUCUCAGCAAUCAAAUAAAUUUCAGUUUUUGUUUAAA